ACUUAAACUUGAGUGCAUGAGGGACUGGAGAAUCCGAGUCCACAAUCGUAGUCCCCCCUCCCCCCGUCCUUACCCACUGCUGUGUAUCUCCAGUCUUCCUAGUCCCGCGACAACCAAACUUUAUCCCCAACCGCCAUCAUCAUGAGAGGUUGGCCAAGUGCUCUAUUGAUCAUUGUGGUCACAGUAUUAGGUCUAAACCUCCUGCUCCAGAAUUUGAACCUCCUCGAGAUUCUCAAUUUCGAAGCGAUCCUCCUGUUGAUACUCGUGGCAUUUAUUCCAAUUUUGGCCUUAAGUUGGGUAGUAUUCAAUUAUAUAUUGGGGGUUAUUACGCGACUACGGUGGGAAGAUGGCCAUGGACAUGAUGGGAGAGAGAGAAGCGAAGUUUGAUUGACUAUGGGCUUUGCGAACCUGCUGCUAUGGAACC